CUUCCUCGCACUCCCGUAACACGCGCGCGCAUCGAUGUCGGCUUUUCUCUACCGAGACGCGCAGUGCUGCCAAAUCCGCGUACGCGCCCGCCAUUGAGGACGACCGCCAUUAUAGAUUCCGUUGUGAGUGACCGAGUCCUGUCGGUGAUUGCGAUUUCUCACGGAAAACUCCGUCGCCAAAUUCGAAAGGAAGUCCCGGGGGCGCGAAGCAGGGAUAGAGGCGCAACAUAAGACGGGAGAAAGAGAGCGAGAGAGAGAGAGAGAGAAGCAGGGAGGGAAAAAGGGAUUUCGAACGGAGGAGAUAAUUGUAGAUCGAGUGAGCGGCCGGAAAGGCACGCGACGCAUGAUGAAAACGUACAGCAGGAAAAAGGGCGACAGCCCGAGCAACGUGAUCAUCCACGUGAACGAGUUGUGCCGGCUGUGCCUGGCGAAGGAGGAGGAGAUGGUGCCGAUCUACGACGACGAGACGGUGCCGAUGCCGCUGCGGAUACUCUCCUGCGUCAACAUCGAGGUUUAUGAACAGGAUGGCUUGCCCAACAUGAUAUGUCAUCCCUGCAAGUAUCAGUUGGAAAAGUCCUAUCAGUUUAGGAAAAAAUGUCAAGCUGCAGAUGCUAAACUCAGGAAGCAUAUGAAGUUAAUACAUCAAUUGACUGGGCAGGACGAAGAAGGCGAAAGUCAGGAUAGUAACAGGGAUGAAGAGUCCAGCACGGGAAAGUCCAAGCAAGUCAAGCAACUGCUGGCCGAUCUAGUUUCAACUAAGGGCGACAGCAGUCAAGUAGAUGGAGAUCCCAUUGAGGUGACAGAGGAGGAACUUGUUGGUGGCUACAUUCUGGGAAUGAAUUCCGAAAAUCCAGAGAUGGAGGAGAACAUCUCAGAAGAUCCAGAGAACAUCACAUUGGUACCUGCUGAGGAACGAACGGCGAAGGCUCGAUGCACAAUAAGGACAACGCGUAUCAAGCAGGAGCAGGAGUCCGAUGACGAGACGGAAGAGGUUCAGAGAGCGAUAGCGAACGUCGAGCAGCACAAAAACGUUUACAUGAUGGAAGUCACCAGUAACGAUACUGAUCAGCCAGAUUCGUUGAAGUUACAACCAAUGGGUGAUACAAUUGUUGAUGGUAACACGGAACUGAAGGUAUUUAAAUGUGACAAGUGUCCGAAAGCAUUUACCCGACGAAUAAUGCUGAAGAGCCAUCAGUCAGUGCAUUCCACACAGAGGGGAUUUACAUGCCAGGCGUGCGAAAAGUGGUUCCCAACGAGAUCUGCGUUGGUAAGACACGAACGCACACAUACAGGCGAAAAACCGUUUGGUUGCAACAUAUGCCAUCGUGCUUUUGCACAGAAGGAGAUUUUAUUUCGCCACUUAAUGACACACUCUGGUCAAAAACCGUUCCAGUGUCAGCACUGUGAGAAGAGCUUCACGCAGCGAGAAGCACUUAAGGUGCACAUGCGUCGGCACCAAAAAUUAAAUCCAAACGAUAUUCAACUGCACCAUUGUCAGCUUUGUCCGAAGGCGUUCUGUCAUGCGUCGGGUCUCAGUAGGCACUUGGUUACGCACACUGGUAGAACAUACAAGUGCGUCGAGUGCGAGAAGACCUUUACAGAUAAGAGCUCGCUUCUAAGACACAGUCGUAUUCAUGCGCCCAGGAAGCUCAUAGCAAAUUGAGUAACUAACUUGCUCAGUUUGCUGUGACCUUCCUGAGUUGUCUAGUGGAUACAAAAAUUUUUUUGAAACGAUAGAAUCUGUGUCGGAAUUAAACCUGCGGUAAAUAUUGUCAAUAUUAAUGAGAAAAAUCUAUAAUAUAGAUUUUCGAAGAGUUAUAUGAUUAUUUCAUUAAAAUGGUUUACAAUUAGUUAUGCAGUCCUCGUAUGUAACUCUUAUAUUUGAGGCGCUUAUUGCAAAAGUGGGUUGAUUAGCAAAAUUCAAUUUUCUAUUUUAAAACGUUACUUAUGCACGCUUUAAAAUAGGAAAUUGAAUUUUGGUAGUUGGGUUAUUUUUGUAAUAAGCGGCUUUAUUUAACAUUAAGGAAGAUAAAGGUGCGUUUAAAUUAUCGAGCCAAAUUUUGAGCGAUUUAGUAAAAGACGAGUGAGUGCUCGUGGAUGGAGGUUCGGCUCGAGAUAUAGCUUAAUAAUUUGGACACAUCUUUAAACAUACGUUUAUUUUAGUCAUUCUUGUAUAAAUACUGGUAAAUCUUAUUUGAGAAAUUUUUUCACAAACAAUGCAUUUGUAUAUACGAAACAAUUUAAAAUGCAAAAAAUUAUUUCAAGUUUCGAAUUAACAUAAAA